AUUCCAGACUUCAAAGUCCACAGAAAGCUUGCUUCCCUGACCCCACAGUGGCAACUCCAUCAUCAUCAGCUCCUGCCCGGUUCAACGCAGCACAUGCUGAGCCCUGGCCGGGCUGCUCGCACUCUACGUUCUAGCCAUCUUCUAGGGACUGGGCUGAAGACUCGGAGCCCCAGCUGCUAACAUCUGGGGCCAGGAUCAUGUCUGCUAACAAAGGCUGGUGGGUGCCACCUGAAGGCGAAGACAGCGUGUCUGAGAAGUUCCUGAGGAAGACCAGGGAGUCUCCGCUGGUGCCUGUGGGUGUAGGAGGCUGCCUGGCAGUGGCAGCAUACCGGAUUUAUCGGCUGAAGGCUCGGGGUUCCACCAAGAUGUCCAUACACCUGAUUCACACCCGAGUGGCAGCGCAGGCCUGUGCCGUGGGUGCGGUCAUGCUAGGUGCCGUGUACACGAUGUACAGAGACUACAUCAAGAGAACAGCACAGGAUGCUGGGGAGAAGUAGGAUUCCCGCAGGGUCUGGGGGCAGCUAGAGCCUCUUCCGUUAAUCGCCGGUACGUUCCUAAUAAAGCAUUUUGAAGAAAA